CUAACAUAUUGCUACAAUUGCCAUGUCUUGUUAGUAUAGUAGGUGUGGCUAUUGCUUGUUCCCACAACAACUGGGAAAAUCCAUUUCCAAGGGAAUCCAAAAGAGGUGUUAAUGGGAAAUUUCGCAACAGCUUCCACUAUCCGUGCGGGCACUGCUCUUCUGGAACUCGUACGAGAACUUGGUAUGUAGUAGUAGCAGUAUUAUCAUUGCUGAUUGCGCUGCGGACGCCAUUGGAGAAUUACUCAAGAAUCAAGACAGACAUUGGAAAAUAGAAAAAAUGGGGUUAGACAUAGUGCAGCCAAACACUUGCGUAAGAGGUUGCUGCUCCAGCGACUCCAUCCCUCUUCACCUUCCUCCUUCUUCCUACAUUCUUCUUUCCCCAAUUGCCAGGGGGGCGGAAAGCGUUGUUUACGAAGCAAUUCUGGAUGGAAAGAGGGUUGCAGUGAAGAAGCCAAUCUUGUCUACCUCGGACGAGUUGGACAAAUUUCACAAGGAGUUGCAGCUCCUAUGCAAGCUGCAUCAUCCUGGAAUAGCAACCCUUGUCGCCGCGCAUGCCAGGCCUCCCAAUUACAUGUUCUUCUUUCAAUUCUAUGAAGAACGAAAUCUGGCUCAUAAAUUACACGUCCAAGAGUGGACUCCCGAUAUUGAUCACGCGCUUACAAUUACGCUCCAGUUAGCAAAGGCUUUGCAAUACCUGCACAAUCAAGGAAUCAUACAUAGGGAUGUGAAACCAGCAAAUGUUCUUCUUGACCAAAACUCUUCUGCACACCUAGCUGACUUUGGUUUGGCAGAAUAUAAGAAAGAUCUUAGAGGAGUUUCUACUGAGAAUUGGAGAUCAUCUGGCAAGCCAACAGGUGGUUUUCAUAAAAAGAAUAUGGUUGGCACUCUUAUUUAUAUGGCACCUGAGAUAUUGAGGAAGGAGAUACAUACUGAAAAAUCAGAUGUCUACAGCUUUGGAGUAUCCAUCAAUGAACUGCUAACUGGCGUUAUCCCAUACACUGAUAUUCGUGCUGAAGCUCAGGCCCACACUGUUCUGGAGAUGAACUAUACUGAGCAGCAACUUACUGCCGCUGUGGUCUCUGGUGGACUGCGACCAGUUCUUCCUGGUAUUGUGUCUGGAGUGCCAGCAAGUAUGCUGUCACUAAUUCAAAAGUGUUGGGAUGCAAAUCCUCAAAAUAGGCCUUCAUUUAACGAUAUAGUUUUAGAACUAGAUGGUAUUUUGGAACAGAGAAAGAGAAUGGAGAAAGAAGAUCUAUCACUUCAAAAAUCUUCUAUUUCCCAUGGUCAUCAAGUCAUGGAAAGCAUUAACAACCUUCAUACCUAUCAGGAAAAUAUUAACUGGUCUACUCAGGGACAAUGUUUAUCCAAAAGAGCAUCUGCUGAAGUACAUUCUGGUUUCGGAAAAUGGCUUGAUUCUUCUGAUGAAUCUUUGACAUACCAUCCAGUACUUUCUUGGGGAUCCUUUGCUACAUGUGGGAGAAGGGAGAGUAUGGAGGACACACACUUUCUUAUGCCUUACUUAUGCAACGAGAAAGAUGUUCAUGUUUUCGGUAUCUUUGAUGGUCACAGAGGUGCAGCAGCAGCUGAGUUUUCAGCUCAAGCAUUGCCGGAAUUUCUGAAAAUCUUAGGAUCUACAUGCAGUCCUGCUGAUGCGCUGUUGGAAGCAUUUGUUAGGACAGAUGUUGCUUUUAGAAAUGAACUUGAUUCUCAUCGUAAUUCCAAGAGGGUGACUCAGAAAGAUUGGCAUCCUGGUUGCACUGCAGCUGCUGCCCUAAUAGUUAGAAACAAGCUUUUUGUCGCUAAUGCAGGUGAUUGCAGGACAAUUUUAUGUCGGGCUGGGUGCCCCUUAGCUCUGAGUAGGGAUCAUGUCGCAAGCUGUCUUGAGGAGAGAGAUCGUGUUGUUAGUGCAGGGGGGAAAGUAAAAUGGCAAGUUGAUACUUGGAGGGUUGGUCCUGCUGCACUUCAGGUAACUCGCUCCAUUGGUGAUGAUGAUCUGAAGCCUGCUGUAACUGCAGAGCCUGAGAUAACUGAAACUGUACUCUUAUUGGAGGAUGAGUUCCUGGUAAUGGCUAGUGAUGGACUCUGGGAUGUUGUGAGCAACAUGGAGGUCAUAAGCAUUAUCAGGGAUACAGUGAAAGAGCCGGCAAUGUGCUCCAAAAGAUUGGCAACGGAAGCUGCAGAACGUGGCAGUAAAGAUAACAUCACAGUCAUUGUUGUCUUCCUUCGUCCAGUAUCGACAGCAGAGAGAGUUUACUAGUGUUUCUACCUCUGAAUAGAUUUAUACAAUCAAUUCUUCUUAGAUUGAUAUUUGUCUCUCCAGGAUUAUUUCAUAAAGAGGUCUGUAUUCAAAGGAAGGAAUGCUAUGUUUGUUAGAGCUAAAAAUCUGCCUUCACAAUUCACAUAAUAAAUUUUUUUAUUCUUGGAUCAA